AUGUCUUGUCUCGUCUCCAUUGCCGUGCUGGCCCUCGCAGGCUCGGCUUCUGCUGCCCCCAGCUUCAAGGCCGCCCGCCAGGCGGACGACACGGUCAAUGCUACGGCCGUGAGCAAUGUCACUCUCUCGCCGAUUCCCGCACCGGAAAAGCCAGACGCCCUCGUCCCGCAAUCCAAUGUCACUCUGGACUACGGCCUCGACAAUGGCGACCUCGCUGCCGUCAACGUCUCCUUGUCGACCAACUACCCUACCAUCCUGCUGGAGACCAUCUCUCAUCUCGCAACUGUUGACUGCUCGCCGGACUCGGUCGCGUUAACCUUCGACAAUGCGCAGGAUCUCGAUGAUGCAUACACGCAGUGGUCAUCUCACGGCAAGCUGUUGCUCAUCACAAACCACAUGGGUGACUGUGACACGGAGUUUGAGCGUGGCUUCUUCGUGGCGGGCACUUACACCGCAGACACGGCCAGCCUCACGCUGACCGCCACGACGGAGAAGACAGACAUCAACUCCGCCAGCUCCUACAUGAAGACCCAAUUUCACGGCCUGCCAGCAGCAAGCACCACAGACCCAACAAGGCGCGACAUCAUCAUCGACCCGUCCAAGCUGACCUACGCCAACACCUGGUCCCUCCCCUCGCAGGUGCUGUACGAGUACGACCCCUACCUGACCGUGACCGCGCAGUCGGGCCAGCUAGACCUCUCGGUCGGGCUCAGCGGCUACCUCGAGUUCGACGUGGGCGCGCUCCACCUCGACGCGCUGCACGUCGACUUCGAGACCUCCAUCGCAUCAGACCUCGUCCUCGACCUGGCGGUGACGGCGCCGUACAACACGACCUUCGCCUACGCGCCCGCCGGGCUCGUGUACUACAUCGUCAACGUCCCCGGGAUCAUCACCUUCGGCCCGGAGCUGCUGUUCAGCGUCGGCGCGGACCUGGGCGUCGCGGCCGCGGUCGACGUCGUCCUCGACGUGGGCGCCGAGAUCGGCAACGGCACCGUCCACAUCGACUUUGUGGACUUUGACGCCACCAGCGCGGCCGGGUGGGAGCCCACGUACCACGCCAACGUCAGCCUCUCCGAGAAGGCCGAGGUCGCCGUCAGCCCGUUCGUCUCGUUCACCGUGGGCGUCGAGUUUGAGCUGCUCGGCGGGGCGCUGGACCUCAGCGGUGGCUUGACGCCCAAGGCCAGCUUCCCUACCAGCGUCACGCUUGAUGCUGGCCAGGUGGUUGGCGCCGGCAGCGGGGGGGAUACCGCGGUGACGCAGCCCGGUGGCGGUGCGGCUGAGUGCGCGAAUGGGGCGGCGGUCGUGAGUGACUUUGAGUUCAGCCUGACUGCCUUUGUGACGCAAUGGUAUAACCAGGUCAUCUACGACGUCAAGGUGCCUAUCGCGGAAGAGUGUUAUUCCUGGGUUUAG